GUCGCUCGCUCCUCCCCCGCAUCUGCCUGCCCUGCAUCUCCCUGCCCACGACCCGCUUGGCCCGAAGCCCUCCCUGAGCUAUGAAGCCCACAUGUCCCCGGUCUCCGGAUAUACGCAUCCCUCUUCCACCAAAGUCAAGCAUCGUCUCCCCGGAACCAAUAUGACAUGCGGCUUCGGGACUCGCCAACUGGCACAGAUAGCGACGACAACGAUGGGUCCGAUUCAAGCGACUCUGAGGCUGCUGACUUGGACGAUGGCGAUGCUUUGGGAUCCACCCGCACCCCAUUCCGCAGCAUCGCCGAGGAUUUACGACAGGCCAGGGAUCUGGACAGCGUCACGCUGUCGAUGCAUGCCCUCACUGUGGGUGCUCGAUGUGCUCCUCCGACUCCGAAAUGUGAGCCAAUCCAGUCGGUGAUUGACCAACCAGCACGCUUGAGCUUCCCGCAUCAACUCGCCAGCGACAGCCAACCCGACAGGAUCGAGGGGUGUGGCAUGAUCAGCUGCUUCAGCGGCCGAUGCAGCAGCAGUGACUUUGAAAGCAGCCUCGCAAGCUGUUGGGACCAUGAAGAUGCAACAACCGCACCGGGUAUUGGCACUAUGGCUAGCUCGGCGGACGUUGCUUCGGGACUCGCUGAGGUGACCCACCGAAUGCUCGAGUUGUCCACCCAAAGCAGCGAAUGCACGGUGGAUGCAUUCCCGGUGCCAGAGCCAUGUGGCUUUUUCGAUGGAUAUUCAUGCAUGCGGACUGGAGAUGAUCUUGCAGCCAUGUUCGAAGUCGCUUCAUGUUAUUUUGGUGCCCUCCUUGCCUCGAACGAACCCAGUCUGGCACCGCAGCCGACAGCGAGUCCAUCGCCGCCAACUUCCGGCCCAUCCCAGUCUACCUGCUCAAGUAACUUGGGGUUGGAGACAGAGCUGCCUGCUGCCCUCGAUAUGCUGGAGAGACCAAAGCGGGUCGUGCGAUUUGCCAGCCCGGAAAUUUCCACAACCUCACAGCAGACGCAACGAACGACCAGCGACUUGCCCGAGGACCACAGAUACGAGAGGCUUGUUGACAGGGCUUUUGUGAGUGUCAGUCCGGCGGCCACGCAAACGUGCAAACUGCCCCUGGAACCAAGCUCCUGGCCUCUAUCAGAAUCCCCAGCCAACAAUGUUACAAUCAACUACGACAAAUGGAUCUGCGAUGACCUCCCUGAGCGCUCGCGUCUGGUACUGCGGUCCGAGAUGAGCAAACCUAUAUCAGACAAGGACCAAGACGGAUACAUCUAUGUGUUCGAGCUGCGGCCUGAUGCCUCUGUAGAUUCAAAGAAUGAGCUCAAGAUGUACAAAAUUGGGCGAACGAGAAAUCCCUACCGCCGCUUCAGCCAAAUGGAAAAAAAGUGCGGCUUUACUCCAAAGCUGAUUGAGUUCUUUCCGAGCCCUCGACCCUCUCAAAACUUCCGAGGAGCCGUUUUCACGACCGAAUUGCCAAGGUGCAGAUAUGCAAACCGGACCGAGCGACUCAUCCACAUCGAACUGCGCGAGCGAGGAUUCAGUCCCGGUCAUAUUGGCUGUCCCGGAGCAUGCAAGGAGAAACACCGCGAGUGGUUUCGGGCUCCCACGGACACAUGCAAGGAUGUCGUGGAGCCUGAUCCGUUCCAAAACAUCCAUAUCCCAGUGGAAGACGUGACCGCUCGUCGCAACAGAACGGAGCAGGACUGGGCAAAGAUCCGCGAAGUAAUUGUUCGCUGGGUGGAGUUUAUGGAUGCCACAUACGGGCCGUGUCCGCCGGGUGUCGAAGCAGCACAGGGGUCUGUAUCUCCGAGCCAAGCAAGGAGCCCAGACGCUGUUCCCGAGAACAGAGUUGCAGAUGGAUCGAUCGGACGGGUUUCCGAAGCUAAAGAGGGAUUUCGCUGAGCGAGUUGGCCAAGGUGGAUGCCACAGCGCACGCAGUUUGAAAGGGGACGCCCUGGUUUGAGCCAGAGCUGUCUUUUUCUGGGACCUGAAUACUCACUUGCCUAUCGCUACCACAACCAAACAGUAUGCUCACUGUGUCUGGAAGCCAACGAUUCGUUGUUGCUGAUGGUCGCCGCUGGCAAGUUGAGCUUGGAUGAGUGGCCAUGAUCAACUUGCGUACCGUGAGCAUGCUUCCGGCCGUUUUGAUGAAGGGAGCGAUGGAUCGUAAUGCACCAAAUCAAUAAACGACAAUCCGCGGUGUGGGA